CUGAGAAUGAUGGGAGUUGUAGUCCGACACCCCUGGAGGAUCCCAGGGCAGGGAAGGCUGGUCUGAUACCUAAAGAAGCAUGAGAAACUUACAGCAGUCUUCCUGUUUCCAGUUGUGUGGUAUUUCCCUCAGGGUCGUGAAGCCCACGUGGAUCAUCCGGUUCACAUGGCUGCAGCAAACUCGACUCCCCCUGGCUCCCUGGACAUCAACCAGCCUGGAUUCCCCAAGGAGAUCCUGGGCACGGAGUUAGAGGGCAAGUACCUGUGCUCGGAGUGCAGGAACAUUUUGAGGCGGCCGUUCCAAGCCCAGUGCGGCCAUCGCUACUGUUCCUAUUGCCUGAAGAAAAUUAUAAGCUCAGGGCCCCAGAAGUGUGCAGCCUGUAUUCAGGAAGGGAUCUACGAAGAAGGCACUUCGGUCUUGGAAACUGGUUCGGCUUUCCCAGAUAAUGCUGCCCGUCGGGAAGUAGAGAGUCUUCCAGCAAUCUGUGUUAACGAGGGCUGUACGUGGAAAGGGACGAUAAAGGAAUAUGAGAGCUGCCACGAGGGGAGCUGCCCCUUCGUGCUGGUCGCGUGCCCGGCAUGUCAGGCUAUGGUCAGACUGAGUGAGAAGGAGCGUCACGCCGAGCGGGAGUGCCCUGAGCGGAGCCUCAACUGUAAAUACUGCAAAGUCCUUUUCUACUUCCCUGACAUUAAGGUCCAUGAUGAGGUGUGUCCGAAAUUUCCCCUCACCUGUGAGGGCUGUGGAAAGAAGAAGAUCCCAAGAGAAAAGUUUCUAGAACAUGUCAAGACUUGUAGCAAAUGUAAAGCACCGUGCAGAUUCCAGCUGGUCGGCUGCACCGAGGUGGUGGAAAAUGAGAAACUUCCUGAACAUGAAAGCCAGUGCCUGGGGGAACACCUUUACAUGUUGCUGAGUUUUGUGCUGAGCCUGGGGUCCGGGUCUGGAUCCAGCAAGCUGCAGUCAGUGCUGGGCCUCCCGUCGGCAGAGUCUGGCGCUGGGCUGCUGGGCGGCCACCCCCUGGUCUCUGAGUCUGAGCUCUCCAGCUCCUUAGAACUCUUAGCAAGGUGUGAGGCCUUGGAAAGGAAAACCAUCACCUUUGAGAACAUUGUCUGUGUGCUCAAUCGGGAGGUGGAGAGGGUGUCGCUCACCGCCGAGGCCUACAACCGGCAGCAUCAGCUGGACCAGGAGAAGAUUGAGGCGCUCAGCAGUAAGGUCCGGCAGUUGGAGAGGAGCAUCGCGCUGAAGGACCUGGCCCUGGCCGAGAUGGAGCGCGUCAUCCAGGAGAUGGAGGCCUCCUCCUACGACGGCGUUUUCAUCUGGAAGAUCUCUGACUUCACCAGGAAGCGCCAGGAGGCGAUUGCCGGCCGCUCACCUGCCGUCUUCUCUCCAGCCUUCUACACGAGCAAAUACGGCUACAAGAUGUGCCUCCGCAUCUACCUCAACGGGGACGGCACCGGGCGCGGCACCCACCUGUCCCUCUUCUUUGUGGUGAUGAAAGGGCCCAGUGACGCCCUGCUCCGGUGGCCUUUCAACCAGAAGGUCACCCUGAUGCUGCUGGAUCAGAACAACCGGGAACAUGUGAUCGAUGCCUUCCGCCCUGACGUGACGUCCACCUCCUUCCAGCGGCCCAUCAGUGACAUGAACAUUGCGAGCGGCUGCCCGCUCUUCUGCCCCAUCGCCAAGCUGGAGAGCAAGCACUCGUACGUGCGCGACGACACCAUCUUCAUCAAGGCCAUUGUCGACCUCACGGGCCUCUAGUGCUGCUGCCGCCGCCUCUUCCCGCCUGGAGCGCAGAGCGGCCGUUCUGCCUGCGCCUCCCUUGCCCCCCAGGUUGCCAUGGGGGAGAGGGUGUGGCGCCCCGGAAGGAAAGGACCUUCCCCGUCGGGUGAGAAAGCAAGAUGUCCUGCCAGACAACCUUCCCUUGACUUCAGAAACGCCGGCCGUGGGGUAGCGGAACGUGCAUCCGUGAGGGAGGUGGUUUGGGCGGUGCCUGCUGAGAUGCCCUCCCAGCCGCCCCCGAAAGCAGGACUGGGCCGCUCACCGGAGGCGGUGCAUUUCACGGCGCAGAGCAGCUGCCCUGUGCCUUUUCUGCUGUCCUCUGCUCUUGGCUUGCUCUCGGGGCGAGGGCAGCCGGGGCCCUCUGAGGGAGAGGGGUGGAGGCCCCUUGAGCCGGGGCCACAGUGCUGGGCGGAAGGGAAGCGAGUCGGCGUGUGUAGGGGGGCGAUGUUCCCAAAGCCCACAGGAAGCGCGUUGCCUGAGGGCUCUGCAGAGCUGGCUGAAGGAGCUCAUUGGGGUUUGCUGUCCUGCUUGAGGGAGGCGGCCGAGGGGUGGCGGCAGCAGCUGGGUCUCCCUCCAGGCGGUCCCCGGAGUAGAUCUGGGAGCUUGGAGGGAGCAGGACUGGGCAGCGGAUGCCUUCCUGGUCCUCAUCUGCCCCUCCCCACCCCCAUAUCCCCACCCCGGCUGAUCUGCCUCCGAGGGCCAGCUGCCCCAAGUGGCCAUGCCGGGUGGGGGUGGGGUGGGGGGGCUAGUCCAGACUUCCUGAACAGAGAAGGCUGUUUUUCCACAAAGGUUCUGGGUGUGGAACAAAUGAACACAAAAGCCGAAUGCAGCUGGGUCAGGUGGCUCCACCCCAGGCCACAUCUUUAUUCUUUAAUAAUGCCAAAUCCUGAAUCCUUUGCUCCUGUAGGCCGAUUUCAAGCGAGGGGCCAUCGUCUCAACUUGCUCCCGCCCGCCCUGCCGGCUUCCCUGAACCACUGCACUCAGGGUGGGGUGGGGUGGGGGUGGACUCCCCGUGACGCUUGCUUUUCUCCUGGUGCUGGGCCCGCUCUUGUGCCUUCCUCCCUCCCCUCCUCUUCCUGUUUUGGGGGCAAAAGAGACGGGAGAACCCCGGAGCGGCCUGGCAAAGCCUUUUUCGUGGAGAUGUGGCUGCCCGGCCUUGGCUCGCUGGCGGUGGCCGUCGUGCCCCUUAGUGGCUCCCCAUUUCCUGGAGUUUCUCAGCGCCGUCUCUUUGCGAGAGGAGGGGGCGCGAGGUCCGUCUAUGCAUAUCUGGUGCAGAGCUGUGUAUACUCUGCGCUUCCUAAAUUCACAACCCCCUGCCCCAUUUUUUUUGCCCUGUAUAAAGUAUCUCUGAUCAUUGCAAAUCAUGUUGUUAUCUGGCUAGUUGGUGUUCCUGCAUAGAAACGCAGUCACAGGGGCUGCAUAGUCCUCCGAGCAUGCUGGUCUUGCUCGUUGCCAGUAGGCCGAGAAGCCAGAGUUCGGAUGCUGAGGGUGGGGGGUUUGAGUGUUUGUCUCCCUGCAUGCUCUUAUCCUGUCUCUAGUUCGUCUCCCCCCCCCCCCCCAUUUCCACCUGAGUCGAGGCAUUUGAUUUGCGCUUACAUGCAGGGACGGGGAUUUCCCCUGCCUACCAGAUGGGGCCCAGUGUGGAACUAGGGUCUAGCCCUGAUAGAAUCGCUCCCCUCCUUGUAUGGGAUCUGAGCGGGGCUGAUGCAGUUGUUUUCUUCCUCCUCGUUGGCUUCCCUCCCAGCUGAUGCUAUGCAGAGUUUUGCAUGGGAAGAGAUGGAAAAACUAGGCCAGCCUUUCCCCAACCUGGUGUCCUCCCGAUGGGUCAGACUCUGCAACUCCUAGGCGGGAACAAGGGGGCCAGCAAUUAAAUCGGAGGGGGAAAUGCUUGGCCCGGUUGUCUUGAAGGAGAGUCGCCAGAAGAAGCUAGGCUUGGGGAGACAGUCCCAUGCUGCCACCCCCACCCCCGGGCUGUGUCUUCGGGCGAUGCCUCCCCUCCUGAGAAGGGUAGUUAGUUUUGCAGCCUGCCUUGUUCCAGGCACAGAAUCCCCCCCCCCCCCCGGUUUCUGAGGGCAGAAGUGCUGCGGAAGAUGGAACGAGAGCCAUGCGCCAGCCCAGAAGAGCACAUGGUAGCAGCUGCUUUGUGCAAAGGCAGCUUCUGGAGAAGGGUUUCACUGUGAAAGCUUCUCAGGACAACUUUUAGAACUGAGGAACUCUGUCCCCGGUGUCAGUGUUCUACCGGUUUGUCUCCCUUCUCUUUAUUUGGGGUGGGGGGUGUUCUGCAGUUCUUAGUAUUUUGCAUAAUCCAUUCUGCCUCUGUGAGUCUUGGGGAAGGACAAGAAGGCAGGCAGGGUUUUGUUGUCAUCCCCCCCCCCCCCCCCAAGUACUGGGAAACCAUAUCCAUCAGCCCCUGCAGCUUACUGCCCUUGGGCCAAAUGCCUCAGAGCAUGCUUAGGACUCACUUUUUUAGAUGAAAUGAGAUUCUCAGGAAGCCUAAUUUCCACUGCCAUCUGUGGCCUGCGUCAAAAUAAAGUGGAACGUACCACAUCCGAACAACGGGAGCAUGUUCAACUGGGGGAAGAGGUGCUGCAGGGUGUUUUCCAGAGGGCAGUGUGCGCAGACUCCCCCCCCCCCCCACGAACAGCGGCCUGGAACCUCCGUGACCAGAGGCGUUUUAUCUCGGACUGCAGGAUCAUGAGGGCUUACCAAUGAGGGAGGUGUUCUGUGCCUCGCGUGGCAGCUUCUAGCUCUCCACUGCCAGGGCUCAGAAGGGGGGAAGGUCCAGAGGGAUGUUUUGCUCUGCUCUGCUGUAGUGGGGCCCCCAUAGAAAGAGCCACCCACGGCACCCCAGCGCAGAGCGGGGGACGCCGGACCCACCCAGCUGACAAAUGUUAUCUGAAUUAGGCCUCAAAUUAGUGUGGGCCAGCACCCAAGAGUGGAUUUUGGUUGUAAUCCUGAAAAUGCUCUUUCCUGGGCAGGUGCAAAACACUUGGAAGUGGUUAAUAAAAAGGUGUGAAAGAAA